GAUGCGACUCGACAUUCAGGUUCGCUCAUCAACGUGCGACUUGUAGUACUUGUGUUCAUGUGCUAGUUCUGCUGCUCGUUGAUGUGGUUACUCGAUUAUCUGCUUUUGACCUCACCGGUGUCAUGAAGCUGGAGAUAUCGAAGGUGGUUCGAGGUUGCCGUCUAGGGCUUUUGAACAUCACCGGGCAAAGCGAGCAGCACUCACUGGAAGUUCCCGGAUGUCUUCUGUACACUCGCUGUGCCACUGUGCCACAUUUGACCCAGGACACGCUUCACACACUCCACAACCUGCCUGCUGUCACACAGGUCACACUAGAGAGCCUCGCAGAGCACCAGGAAGUCCUGGAGGAGUUUAAGCAUGGUGUAAGAAAGUUUGCAGGUCUACACGACACGCUGCUGUUUUGCUCCCUUCGUGACCCCGCUGCGCCUCAUCCUGCCGGCCACGUCACCAACAAGACGGUGUCUGUAUGGGGCAGUGGAGGAAGAAUAGAGAUGUCAGUGGCCAGAUUUAUGGCGAUGCAGGCAGCAAUUCGGCCAGACGUCUAUGAGAGCAUGGCAGAUGGAGAGACGUGGCCGGAGAACACGACGCGGAAGAGGGUGCGUAAAGCGGUGGAGCGCACUCUCUCGCAUCUGGAUGAGUGUCUUGAAUUGCACCACAAAGCGCAGGAGCUGAAAGGGUCUGACAUAUUUGGCGUAGUGGAGGGAGGAGACAUCUUAGAGGAGAGGCUGAGGUCAGCACGUGAGACGGCCAAACGGCCCGUGGCUGGAUUCGUCCUGGACGGAUUCCAGACCACCUCCAUGGAGCAGGAGCUGAGGGAGAAGUUGAUCUCAGCAGUGACUGCAGAGCUGCCUCAGGAAAAACCGAGGUUGUUGAGAGGCGUGGGUCGUCCAGAUGAGAUCAUAGCUUGUGUGGAAGCUGGAGUCGAUCUGUUCGAGGGCUUCUUCCCUUUCCAGGUGACGGAGAGAGGCUGUGCCCUCUGCUUCAAAUACACCAUCACACCUGACCCAGAGACUUCAGGUACAUCUCCCCCUACAGUGCUGGAAUCGAACGGAUAUGAGCCUGCUGUAGAACAGCUGAAGGAAAAUGGAGACAGCAGCCCUGAAAACAUGACCCAAUUUGAGAUGAAUCUGAAGGACACAAGGUACCGAAAUGAUUUCCGCCCGCUGGUGGACGGGUGUAGCUGUUAUUGCUGUAAGAACCAUAAAAGAGCUUAUGUCCAUCAUCUGCUGGUGACCAAUGAGCUGUUGGCUGGAGUGUUGCUGAUGCUGCACAACACGGCUCACUACCUGGGAUUCUUCCAUGCCCUGAGGGAAGCCGUGGCCAACGACCGGCUCCAGGACUUGAAGAGCAAAGUGUUACAGUGAUCAGUGUGGACUAGAUGGUUCAGAGGAACAAGAUGCGUAUAGUGUUGAAAAUGCCCUGUCAGUUUUAGUCUUUAUCCACUUCAUUUAAAAUUAGGAAGCCUACAGUUUGUUAGUAAUUUAUAAGAAUGGAUCAUUCCUGUUAAUGAUGCGAUAUAUUUACACACCUUGGGCUUUACAUGCUAAGCUGGAUAUGAAGAAGUUUAAUAAUAAAUCAUUCACACGAGUGUUUACUGAAAGAAUGAUAAUCUAGUUAUUUUAAAACAAGUUUUUAUUCCACAAGAACAACCGAGUCAGUCGUAUGUAUGUUUAUUAAAAGUCAAUAAAGUAAGAACAAAAGUAA